CUCGCGGAGCUGACGAGCGUGUCGCCAAAGCUCCCCGAAAACCCGCACCGAAUUCACGUUCGCCGGUCUGUCGAACUCGAACAAAUAACUCCGGGCCUAAUUAGCGCGAGUCAAACAAAGUUUUAAUCAAAUCAAUUUGGACACCGUGCAAGUGAUUUUGUUGGACCUCGCCUUUCUUGUGAGUUUUGGAACUGAAAACUUUUGGGGAGGACCUUGGUACAGCGGCGAGGGAACAAAGUAAAAUGUGCGAGUGUGUGUGGCGAACUAAUAAAUUAGAUUCGUAUGUGUGUGUACGCGAUUGAAAAGCGUGAAACAAACUCGCAUGUGUGUACACGCGGAGUGAACUGAACAAAAUUGGUGGCAUGGAGGUGAUUCCGACUCCCGGCAGCCGCAUACUGGUGGCAUUCUUUGCCACUGUUUUUUGGGGCAUGGGUGUCCGCGGCCUCCACAACCUAGAAAUCAACGUGCCAGGAGCAGUGCUGGUGGGGGAGACAGUGACCCUGGAAUGCAGCUGGCAGCUGGAGGAUGAAGAGGCGUUGUACAGCGUCAAGUGGUACCGGGGCCGAGAGGAGUUCUACCGGUACAUCCCUAAAGAACUGCCCCAUACCAGGGUGUUCCCGCUGCCAGGAAUCGAGGUUGAUAUAUCACGAUCCGGAGCCCGUCGAGUGGUGCUGCAGCAAGCCACACCAGCGAUGGCUGGCCGGUUCCGCUGCGAGGUGUCCGCGGAUGCUCCCACGUUCCACACGGAGAUACGAUCAGCACCACUAGAAGUCGUCGAACCGCCGGAGUGGGGCCCGAAGCUGGUGUCGGACCGAUCGUGGUAUGGCGUGGGCUCGACGCUGCGGGCCACAUGCGCGUCGCCUCCUGCCUACCCUCCUGUCAACCUCACCUUCGCACUCAAUGGAAGAGAGAUCGACAUGGAAUCAUACGUGCACGAACUACCCCAAUGGUUCAAGUGGGACCCGCCUCCAAAAGCCGAGACCACUACUACCGAUCUCCCAGACGACGACUUGGGCUUCAAUAUAUUCCACGACGAUAGCAACAUCCAGUAUUUGGACGAGACCUACAUAAAUCUGCAUAAAGAGGAGAUAAGGCGGCCUCCGAAGGAGAGCCUGAAGCCCGUGUUUGAAAGGACAGGGCCUGAUAACCGGCUGCCGUCGGUGGGCGAGGUGACUUUUAUCGUUCGCAACGAGGCCUUCGAGAGAGGCAGCCUGCGGCUGACCUGUAUAGCUAGCAUAUACAACUUGUACGCGGCACGUUCCGAACUAAUAUUCGAUAUGGAGCAGCCAGAAGUUGCUUCGGUGUUAGGAGUCCGUAAUAGUGCAAUAGAUACAAUUUCGUGCAGUACUCUGCGGAUAGUAGCCUCUCUAGUGCCAUUUUUGUACAAUAUCCGGUAGUUCGUUAACUAAUAUUUAUUAAUUAAGUACAAACGUAAAUUACCAGAACUUGUAAAAACAUUUCAUUUUGUACAAACUCAUCGAACAUAUCCAACUGUAAGAAUUUAUCUUCCGAUAGGUCAUGUAUAAACUAAAGCAGAAUUGUUAAUACUAAAUAGAUUUUAAUGCCAUUUUAAUGAGUCUUAAAGCUGGUUAACCACUUAUCUAUAUUCAAGAUGUGAACUAUAAGUUACCAAUUUUCACUGGGUUAUUUCAUUUUGCCAGUACCUAAGGCACAAACUUCAUUUAUGUAAAAAUACACGAUUUUUUAACGCAUGAGUUUCUAAAUCCAGAUUUCAGACUAUCAAAAAUGCAUUAGAGGUAGGUCAAAAUGGCCAAAAUUUAUAUUAUAUUCUAAGACAGGUGUAGGUUAUAUAAGCUAUGUAAUAAUUAAGAAAUAUAAAUGUGAUAAGGUUUGUUUGUAAAACAAAUAGAUAACUAACUCCGUUUCUUGCAAAUUAAAGUAAUGUAUCUGUUAAUAACUAGCAAAAUUUAUUGAAUUUUAGUAAAACUUGGAGGAGGAAUUUAGUAAAAAAAUGAAGCUAUGGUUAGUGCAGAAGAAUCUCACCCUUUCGAAAGACUGAUGACUUAUUUCUAAACUUUAAUUUCAAUUGAUUUGGUAAUAUUAUCUUGAGGAAUGCAUUCUCUCUCGCUCUCUCUCUGAAGAAACAUUAUUAACAAUCUACAUUAGGUAAUGUCUUUAGACAAAUUAAUCAGAAAAAAUAAUUAAAUUAUGAGAAUUACUUCUCACUUUAAACGAAUUUUAGGAAUAGGUUACUUUUUGUUUAAGAUCUGCUAUUUUUAUCUAUAGUUUAAAAUAGAGUUAUUUACUGAUGGUUCCACUGAUGUUGAUUGUUAAGCCAUGUAAAUAAUAGAUAAAUGUAUUGCUGUAAAUUAUUUCAAAGGAAUAGAGAUAAAUAAAAGGAUGUUGGAUCUUC